AUGUUACAUAGAACAUCCUCGUCGAGGCGUCGUCGAGCUUCCAGAAGUGCAGCUACCUCACCUCAGGCCAGAUCUCCGAGAGCUUCAGCUCAACCUUCAAGAAGAGCAUCACUAGCUACUACGGAAACAGAUGAAGAAAUGGACACUCCGCCACCACCAAGAAGUCCACGUGCCAGUCUUGCACCUGAUGCAGCUUUAGACUUAUAUCACCGUAGUCCAAGAAAUUCUCUAGUUCCUGAAGUGAGGUCAGCUAGGAAUUCCAUUACUCCCGACAGCGCUAUGUCAAAUAGAAAUAGUCUGGCGCCAAAUAGAAACAACUUAGCCGUCGAUUUAUCAUACGGAUCACGGUUAAGUUUAAAUCCUCAAGACUUUAACAGAAGUCCCAGAAACAGUAUUACUCCAGACGUAACAGCUAGAAGUCCUAGACGAAGUCUAGUACCGGAAGGCACAUCAUGGAAUCAGCCUAGAAAUUCGCUAGUUCCAGACGUGGGUAGAAGUCCAAGGCAUUCUGUAGCAAGUAUACAGUUAGAUCCAGGAAGAACUCAAAAGGAUUUAGGGCCCAGUCCAAGAACGAGUCCUAGAGGAAGUAUAGCUACCGAUGUGCCAUUCAAGACCAAAGAUCUGCCGGAGAUAAAUAGAAGUCCAAGAGGUUCUUUAAUUCCUGACUCCCAAAGAAGCCCACGGGGUAGUAUUGCACCUUCAGAGAGGAGCGCAAGAGGAAGCUUGGUCACAGGUGAAGUUGAUACCGCAAGGGUCAGUCCUAGGGGUAGUUUGACGCUUACAUUUCAAGAGCCUUUAGUGUCUAGAGAAAGGCGGGCGAGCGAAGAUAGUCAAGCUACAGGAACAAAAGGCAGAAGUGUGUCACCGUACAGAGCAUCAGUAGGUGGACGACACAGUGCUACCGGUGCUUUAUCAGACACUGGCUCUAGGCGAGCCUCUAGCUCUGUUAGUCAGGUAUCUGGUGAUGAACAACGCCGAUUGUGUGGUGAACAGGCCAAGUACAAUGAUAGAAGCGGCCUGGGUCUGGGCGUAGGACUGACCACCUACGGAUCUGUGGCGUACCAGCUGAAAGAUGCCAAUAUGGAGGCAUCAGGGACUGUGGACUUUGUUUGCCGAGCUGCUAAAAUUAUGAAUAGGACUAUUUUAAUGACAGUGUUUCUGGCCUGUCUCUCAACAUUACCUGUGAUUAUGCUAAUAAUGGGUGUUCAAUACAUCAGAGAUUGUCCAGCCGAGCCUCGUAUACCGGUAUAUAUGGUGGUCGGAGGAGCCGCCGGGGGAGCAGGCAUCUGCUGGCUGCUAUGGGCUCAACUGGCCAGCAGGAGCUCCAACUCCUCAGCCAGCGUGCCUGAAAGAGUCCUGGCUUAUACUCUCACCGUGUUUCUGAUGGGAUGGUUUGCAUUCGGCAACUAUUGGACACUGGGCAUCCUGUGGCCAGACUACGCUCCUACAUUAUUCGAGCCGAACCAAUGGUGCCAUAGAACGCUGUAUGUGUUCGCAUUGACGCAGCUGGGCGUUGUGUGGGGGGUCAUAGCGUUAUUGGUGCUGUUGUUACUAGCAUUGGUGGUCUGUCAGGUAUUCGGCUGCGGCUGGCUCGGCCCGCCAAGGUACAAGUAGCAACGGCGCAGCGUCGUGCUCGAGUUAUGGCACAGAAACAUC